UCGGCUCUGGAAGAACUAAGAUAACUAAGUGAAGAUGUUAUUUUCGGUGGUUUGCCUAGCCAUCACCGUAUUCGCGAUGGUGCUUUUAUACGAUAUGAGACGCCCUAGGAAAUAUCCACCAGGUCCAAAUAUUAUUCCUAUAGUAGGAAGCUAUUUGCAAUAUAGAGAAAGGCUGAAAGCAUUGGGAUACCACCAUCUAGUCUGGAUGGAGUUGUACCAAAAGUAUGGCGAAGUUGUUGGCAUGAAACUGGGAAGGAACUAUGUCGUAGGAGUUUUCGGAUCUGAAGCAAUUAAAGAGGUGUUAAGCAGAGAAGAUUUCGACGGACGACCAGAUGGGUUUUUCUUUAGACUUCGUACGUUCGGCAAAAGAUUAGGUAUCGUGUUCUCAGAUGGCCAAUUUUGGCAAAACCAAAGGAAAUUCUCUAUUCAACACCUCCGCAAUUUCGGUUUUGGAAGACGGGAAAUGGAAGAGAAGAUCCACGAAGAAACUCGCGCCCUAAUUGAGCAUUUUAAAAAGAACGAUGCUGAGCCAGUUUUCAUGCACAAUGCCUUCGAUAUUUCUGUACUAAACGCUCUUUGGGCCAUGAUGGCAGGACAACGGUUCGAAACUGACGACGAGAGGUUAAGAAAACUUUUGCAAAUCAUUCACGAUGCGUUCAGAUUGGUAGAUAUUUCUGGGGGAUUAUUGAAUCAAAUGCCUUUUUUGAGGUAUAUAGCUCCGGAUGCUUGUGGGUAUACGCAGAUUAGAAAUAUUCUGGAGAGAAUGUGGGAUUUUUUAGAGGAAACGAUUGAAGAACAUAAAAAGACAGUUUCAGAUUCGCAGCAACCAAGAGACCUUAUCGAUGCAUUUUUACAAAAGAUUGAUGUUAAAAGCGAUCCAACUUUUACAGACGAUCAACUGAUGUCAUUGUGUUUGGAUCUGUUUAUGGCAGGAGCCGAAACAACAAGUAACACUUUGGGGUUUGCCAUGAUGACAACCGUACUUUAUCCUGAUUUACAAAGGAAAAUUCAGGCAGAAAUAGAUAAAGAGGUGGGAAGAAAUCGCUGGCCAACACUAAACGAUAGGAUCAGAUUAAAAUACACAGAGGCAUUUCUGAUGGAGCUUCAAAGGCGUGUAACUAUAGCACCUCUGGGAAUUGCACAUAGAGCUGUAAGAGAUACCGAUCUUUACGGAUAUCUCAUUCCGAAAGACACGAUAAUUUUGACGAAUUUAUUCAGCGUCCACAUGGAUGAGAAUUAUUGGAAAGAUCCACACGCAUUUAGACCCGAACGGUUUUUGACUGAUCAUGGGGAUAUCUUUGUUGAUGAUAAACAUUAUAUACCUUUCGGUAGUGGAAAAAGGCGUUGCCUUGGAGAAGCUCUUGGAAAAGCUAACAUCUUUCUCUUUUUUACUGCCAUCCUGCAUAACUUCUAUUUAGUGAAAGCCGACGAUAGUGAGUUAAAACUGGAGGGCUACGACGGAGUGACUAUGGCACCAAAACCGUUCAGAGUCCGACUAAUCGCUAGACAAGACUAA